CUUUAUUAUUUUAGAACAGUUUUAGGUUUAUAGCAAAACCCAGAGGAAGGCACAGAGAUGUCCCGCAUGCCCUCUGCACCCCGUGUAGACCAACCCCAUUAUCCGCGUCCUCUAGAGAGUGCCACGUGGUGAAUGGAUGAAACUGGACUGACUGCAUGAGGCUGUCGCUUAGUCUCUGUUGACAUGCAGUGGUUUGGACAAAUAUUUAAUGACAUGUAUUCGCCAUUAUGGGAGCACAUAGUUGUCACUGCCCUAACAAUCCUCUGAGCUUCACCUGUUCCUCCCUUCAGUCCUUAGACCCCAAGGAGUGAUCUUUGAGCUGUCUCCUUAGUUUUGCCUUUUCCAGAAGGUCCUAUAGUCGGAAUCAUACCAUAUACUGCCUUUUCUAACUGGCUUCUUUCGUGUAGUAACAUGUAUUUAAGUUGCAUGGCUUGAUGGCUUAUUUCUCUUUGGCACAGAAUAAUAUUCCAGUGUCUGGAUCUACCACAGUUUAUUUAUCCACUCACCUACUGAAGGGCAUGUUGUUACUUCUAAGUUUGGGGCAAUUAUGAAUAAAUCUGCUAUAAGUAUCUGUGUGCAGGUUUUUUGUGUGGAGCUAAGUUUUUGACUCCUUUGGGUAAAUACCAGGGAGUACAAUGGCUGGAUUGUAUGGUGAGAAUAGGUUCAGUUUACAAGGAGCCGCCCAAGUGUCUUCCCAAGUGGCUGUACCAUUUCUCAUUCCCAGCAGCACCGAGGGAGCGUCACUGCCGCCCUGUGUCCUUGCCAACCUCUGGUGUCGCCCCGGCGUGGGUUCUGCUCAUUCCAAUAGCUACAGGCACCAUGUCUCCUGCGAUGAUGAGAACGUUGGUGCUAUUGCUGCCCCUGGUUCAGGCUGCCCCCAAGGAUGGGGCCAUGAGGCUGGACCCUGAGGUGCAGCACCAGCCCUUGCUAAACCCCUUCCAGCCAGGCCAGGACCAACUCCGACUUCUGCGGAGCUACCUAAAGGGGCUAGAGAGGAUGGAAGAGGAGCCGGAGCACAUGAGCCGGGAGCAGGUUCUCCUCUACCUCGUUGCCCUCCAUGACUACGACCAGAGUGGACACCUGGAUGGCCUGGAGCUGCUGUCCAUGCUGACAGCAGCCCUCGCUUCUGGAGCGGCUGAUUCUCCUGCCCCCAGCGGGGUGAUCCUGGUGGUGGACAAGGUGCUGGAGACCCAGGACCUGAAUGGGGAUGGACUCAUGACCCCUGGGGAGCUCAUCAACUUCCCAGGAGAGGCCCCAAGUCAUGCAAAGCCCAAGGAGCCCCUGGAGCCACAGGCUAUUGGGAGGCGGUCUCUGUCGGCUAAAAUCCCAUCAGGACAAGAAGGGCAGCAAGGUCUGGACCCCAGAGAGCAAGAUGGGCGGCCAGGGGAGUCCAGAAGGGAACCAGUGGAGCCUGUACAGGAGGCCGAAGGAGAAGCCCCUGCCCCUGGAAGGGAGACUGGGGGCGCAGCUGAGGCCGAAGAAGAAGCCCCAGGCCCUGAAGGGGAGACAGGGGGCCCAGCCCAGGCUGAAGGAGAAGCCCCUGCCCCUGGAGGGGAGACUGGGGGCCCUGCCCAGGCCGAAGGAGAAGUCCCUGCCCAGGCCGAAGAAGAAGUCCCUGCCCAGGCCGAAGAAGAAGUCCCUGCCCAGGCCGAAGAAGAAGUCCCUGCCCCUGGAGGGGAGACUGAGGAACAGGCAGAGGCCCCAGACACUAGAGAGGAAACAGAAGAGUUUCCACAGGAAACACGAGAGUCUAAGGACACCCCAAGUGAGUUUGAGGCUCAUGCUAUUCAACUGGGGAAUGACGAGAUGUAGCCCGUUCACCCCUACUUCACCCCUACAAGUGUCAGUGCCACAAUGAAAAUCUGGAAAGGUGCGAAUUUGGAGUGGAGGGCAGAAGGGUGCGAAUUUGGAGUGGAGGGCAGAGGGCGGAAGGGUGCGAAUUUGGAGUGGAGGACGGAAGGGUGCGAAUUUGGAGUGGAGGGCCCCCUCGUGGCUCCUUCCUGGCCCGGCAGUGGCGGGUCUCUGUGCAGCUCUGGACUCAGCCAACCAAUAAAGAACGGAAUGAACCGUC